CACAUUUAUUAGAAUAUGACAUCCUAUUAAACAUAAUUAAAUGUGAGAUUAAGAGAGAAACCGUUUAUUGCGACGGUGGUUUAUCUGUGCAGCACAGGUUGCUCAUCUACCCCAACUACAACCCAACCGUAUUAAUUGCCAUAGCUCACUCUCAUCAUUCAUCAAUCAACUUUUUCGCCUAAAUUUCACUCCAUAAAUCCUUCCCCAAUUCUCAUUUUCAGGUAGAUCUUCAAUUGGAGCUACCAGCUGCGACAAAAACGAUGAAGGUUUCCGUCGUCACUCGCAGCGGCCGCGAACUUGUCAAGGGAGGCCUUGAGCUCAGUGAUUCCGCUACUGUGGCUGAUCUGCAGGAGGCCAUUCACAAGAGGACAAAAAAAUACUACCCGUCAAGACAGCGGUUGACCCUCCCCCUCCCAUCUGGGUCGAAGGAGAGGCCCACCGUCCUUAACUAUAAGAAGAGCCUGAAGGAGUAUACCGAGGGGAAUGAAUUAACUGUCGUUUUCAAGGAUCUCGGCACGCAAGUCAAUUAUAGCACUCUUUUCUUCUGGGAGUACUUGGGUCCUCUGGUUCUCUAUCCAAUCUUUUAUUACUUCCCCGUAUACAAGAUCUUCGGCUACAAAGAGGAGCGCGUCAUUCAUCCGGUUCAGACAUAUGCCAUGUAUUACUGGUGCUUCCACUACUUCAAACGUAUUAUGGAGACCUUCUUCGUGCAUCGUUUCAGCCAUGCAACCUCACCUCUCUCGAAUGUCUUCCGGAACUGUGCUUAUUACUGGACUUUCGGUGCUUGGAUCGCGUAUUACGUCAACCACCCGCUUUACACGCCCGUGAGUGAGCUCCAGAUGAAAAUUGGCUUUGCUUUUGGGUUGCUUUGCCAGAUUUCCAACUUCUAUUGCCACAUUUUAUUGAGAAAUCUUCGCAAAUCUGAUGGUGGUGGCUACCAAAUCCCGCGUGGAUUCCUAUUCAACAUUGUGACUUGUGCAAACUAUACAACUGAGAUCUAUCAGUGGCUAGGCUUCAAUAUUGCGACACAAACUGUAGCAGGUUCUGUUUUCAUGGUGGUAGCAGCUGCCAUAAUGACAAACUGGGCCCUUGCCAAGCACCGCCGUCUAAAGAAGCUGUUUGACGGGAAAGAUGGCCGACCUAAAUAUCCCCGGAGAUGGGUGAUACUGCCCCCCUUCCUGUAGAAGCAAGAGCUCAUCAGGUUUUCUUCUCUAUCUCUAGUGAAACGAUCUACACUGCUGCCGGUUGAAACUAGUCAAUUCUUGUCGAGACUCAUUGAGUUUAUAUCAGUGGAUUCGAGCUUAGGUCGUUUUUGUUUCUUCUGAUGUAGUGGCUACGGAUUCGUUAUUCUCCAUUUCUGCUAGCUUGUGCCCCCUUUACUCCUUAAAAAUGCAAAGAAAAAAACAAUAAUCUUGAUCUCUUUCUUUAUGGUGUUGUCAACUUCUUUGCCCCUUUGAAUUGGAUUAUGUUAACACUUCUUGUUAGAUUCACUGUCUAAACAGGUGCCGAUGCUUUUCUUUUCUCUUCCAUUGUAUUUUGUAUUCAAAAAAUUUAGUGAAAAAUUAUUGGUUUGACAUCGCUUCA